AUGUACCUGUACAUAGCAGUAUUCGUGUCCGUCGCUCCUGAAAGAUCUCAGUUCUUCAAAUACGAUCGUUUUUCCGUGAGCUGUGAGGGAGAGGAGGAGGCCUCUGGGUGGAGCGUGAUGCAGACGAACGAUGGAGAGGUGAAGCUACACCCGACUCCGUACUCCGUCUCUGCUGCCUUCCCUCAUGAGCACAGCGGCGUGUACUGGUGUGAAGAUGAGCUGGGAUCCAACAGCAGCCACGUCCUCAUCACGGUCACCGCCGGUCCCGUGAUCCUGGUCAGUCCGGUUCUUCCUGUGACAGAAGGAGGCAACGUGACCCUGAGCUGCAGGUUCAGACCUUCAGCUAACGUAGAUACCAGCUGCAGCCCUGCAGAGUUCUACAAAGACGGGGCCCGGAUCGAGACCAGCUCCACGGGAAACAUGACCGUCAGCGGCGUUUCCGGGUCCGAUCGAGGGUUCUACAAGUGUAAGGCGGAGAAUAAACUGAUGGAGCAGCAGAAAGAGGACGGCGUGUCUUCGUCCAACAGGACAGAGGAGGACAGUCCUACGGAAACAAACGUCGAGCGCAGCGACGUCCACGGGAACGCUGAGGCCGCGCCGCCGGUCGCCAUGGAAACGGACCCGAGCCAAGAGCCCACGGUGACACCGCAGAAACCAAGAAGUGGACCGCACGUUGUCGAAGGCAGCGCCAAGAACCCGGCCAGCGAGAAGCUCGAGAGGGUCCGCAAGUGGAGCGUCAGCAAAUAUAAGUGCACCCGGCAGGCGUUGGCGGAGAAGCUCGGCCGCGGCUCCAGGACGGUGGACCUGGAGCUCGAGCCGCGGCUGGAGCUUCUCAGAGACGAUCGGCAGCGCUACGAUCACAUGACCAAGCUGGCUCAGACGCUGUCCAGUCAGCUCGCUCAGUUCGCCGUCACCCAGAAGUCCCUGGGAGACGUCUUCACCGAGCUCAGCGUCCAAUCGCAGAAGCUCCACGUGGAGUUCAACCUGAACGCUGAGGCUCAGAAGUUCCUGUCGAAGAGCGGAGAAACCCUGACGACGGCCGUCAGCUCCUUCACGUCCGACAUGAACACGCUGGUGAACAAAACCAUGGAGGACACCAUGAUCAACGCCAAGCAGUACGAAGCUGCCAGGAUCGAGUACGACGCGUACCGGGUGGACCUGGAGGAGCUGAACAUGGGCCCGCGGGACGCCACCACCGUGCCCAAACUGGAGCAGGCCCAGAGAGUCUUCCAGGGUCAGAGGGAGCGGUACCAGAAGGUCCGGGACGACCUGUCCGUCAAAGUCCAGCUGCUGGAGGAGAACCGGGUCAAAGUCCUCCAGCAGCAGCUGUUCCUGCUGCACGGCGCCGUCGCCGCUCACUGCUUCUCCUGCCACAGCUUCCUGGAGCAGAACCUGCAGCAGGCCGCCGCCAAGCUGGAGAGCUGCAGCGUGGACGACCCGUCCUGGCUGGAGGAGAGCUGACCCCCGCUGAACAUCUGGA